AUACAUGCCAGAUUGCCAGUCUACUCUGUACCCUUUAAAAAGGGGUGCGGACAUUCAAGUACACAACAAAAUUGUUCGCUAACAACUGUCAUAUUUUUACCCCCACAUCCACUCUCUGCUCCGGCCAUAUAGAGACACGAAAUGUCCGCCGCCGGCGAGAAGCAGAACGGGGCCGCGGCGGCGGCGGAAGAAAGAUGUUCGGUGGAGGAAGUGGCCCUGGUGGUCCCGGAAACUGACGACACCACGCUCCCCGUGAUGACCUUCAGGGCCUGGUUUCUGGGCCUGACCUCCUGCGUAAUACUGAUCUUCCUCAACACCUUCUUCAUCUACCGGACCCAGCCCCUCUCCAUCUCCGCCAUCCUCAUGCAGAUUGCGGUUCUUCCCGUCGGCAGAUUCAUGGCGGCGACUCUGCCGGAGAGGAAGUUCACGGUGUUCGGGCGGUGGAGCUUCACCCUCAAUCCGGGCCCAUUCAACAUCAAGGAGCACGCAAUCAUCACUGUCAUGGCUAAUUGUGGGGUCUCCCCCGGCGGAGGCGACGCUUACUCCAUUGGAGCCGUUACUAUUAUGAAAGCUUAUUAUAAGCAAAGCCUGAGCUUCCUUUGUGCCCUUAUUAUUGUUUUGACCACUCAGCUUAUAGGAUAUGGAUGGGCAGGAGUGCUGAGAAGGUACCUGGUUGAUCCAGUAGAUAUGUGGUGGCCAUCAAACCUUGCUCAAGUUUCUUUAUUUAGGGCACUCCAUGAAAAGGAAGUGAAAUCAAGAGGAUUAACCAGGAUGAAGUUUUUCCUUAUAGUAAUGGGAGGAAGUUUCCUAUACUAUGCAUUGCCAGGCUAUUUGUUUCCAAUUUUGACCUUCUUCUCAUGGGUUUGCUGGGUAUGGCCGCGUAGCAUCACUGCUCAGCAAAUCGGGUCGGCAUACCACGGACUAGGCGUGGGUGCAUUCACUCUUGACUGGGCUGGGAUUUCAGCUUACCAUGGGAGCCCGUUAGUCACACCAUGGUCCUCAAUUCUGAACGUUGCCAUUGGUUUCAUUAUGUUCAUUUAUGUGAUUGUCCCUCUGUGUUACUGGAAAUUCAACACGUUUGACGCCCUCAAAUUUCCCAUAUUUUCCAACCAACUCUUCACUUCUGCUGGGAGCAAAUAUGAUACCACUAAGGUGUUGACCCCUCAAUUUGAUUUGAACAUUGCUGCUUAUGAGAGUUACAGCAAGCUCUACCUUAGUCCUCUUUUCGCCCUAUCAAUUGGGUCUGGAUUUGCACGGUUUACUGCAACCUUGACACAUGUGGCUCUUUUUAAUGGCAGUGAUAUUUGGAAGCAAACAAGAUCUGCUGCUAAAAAUGUCAAGAUGGAUAUCCACACCAAACUAAUGAGGAGUUACAAGCAAGUUCCUGAAUGGUGGUUCUUGAUUUUAUUACUUGCCAGCACUUGCCUUUCUCUUGUGAUGUGCUUUGUUUGGAAAGAAACCGUUCAGAUUCCGUGGUGGGCAAUGCUCUUUGCAUUUGCUCUAGCGUUUGUUGUUAGUCUCCCCAUAGGUGUCAUUCAAGCAACAACAAACCAGCAACCAGGGUAUGACAUCAUUGCCCAAUUCAUAAUUGGGUAUAUCCUUCCAGGAAAACCUAUUGCUAACUUGCUUUUCAAGAUUUAUGGAAGGAUCAGCACACUUCAUACUCUUUCAUUCCUAGCUGACCUUAAGCUCGGUCACUAUUUGAAAAUUCCUCCACGAUGCAUGUACACCGCUCAGCUAGUGGGAACCAUUGUCUCCGGUGUGGUCAACCUAGCUGUGUGCUGGUGGAUGCUGGGUAGCAUUGAGAACAUAUGUGACAUUGAGGCACUUCAUCCAGACAGCCCAUGGACAUGCCCGAAGUUCCGAGUCACAUUCGAUGCCUCUGUAAUCUGGGGACUAAUUGGACCAAAACGAUUGUUUGGACCGGGUGGACUAUAUAGAAACCUGGUUUGGCUAUUCCUGAUUGGAGCAGUUUUGCCAGUGCCUGUUUGGGUACUGAGCAAAAUAUACCCGGAAAAGAAAUGGAUACCCCUGAUCAAUAUACCGGUCAUUUCUUACGGAUUUGCAGGGAUGCCCCCGGCUACUCCAACCAACAUUGCUAGCUGGAUCGUGACUGGAUUGUUUUUCAACUACUUUGUGUUCAAGUUCAGGAAGGGGUGGUGGAAGAAGUACAAUUAUGUCCUCUCCGCUGCUCUGGAUGCAGGCACCGCUUUCAUGGCCGUGCUUUUGUUUUUCACGUUGCAGAAUGAGCACAAGAAUUUGAAAUGGUGGGGGGCGGAGUUGGAUCACUGCCCUCUAGCGACUUGCCCCACAGCUCCCGGAGUUGUGGUCAAAGGGUGCCCAGUUUUCAAGUAGGCAAGUCAGGUAGCAGAAGAACCAUGUAAAUUGGUUCAUGGAGUUUUCUUAAAAAAAGAAAUUGUCGUUUGGGUGCAGCAGUUUGUGAAGAAAGAUGGUUAUUAAUUGAUGAAGUAUGUGUAAUUUUUUAUAUCAGAUCAGCAAAAUCAGUUCUCAAAUUCAGUGUAACGCUAACAGAAAAAAACG